CCAUCUUAAUUUCUGUCGAUCGUCAUCUCUGAGAAUGGCCUAACAGUGACAAACUCGAUCGUUUGUAUUUUCAGAUUUUCCUUUCCUCUCCCCGCAUAAUCACAUAUAAAAAUUUAUUUUCUUCCAUUAGCUUCCAACUGCUAUCGCAUAUAUUUAUAUAUAAAUAUACAAGAGCCACAGGUUAGUUCUCCCCUUAAUACGUGACUUCUUUGCCUUUUACUAAACCUUUCUCAGAAAACCAGAAAAAAAAAAAUAAAGGAAGCAAAUUGGGUAAACAUGGGAAGAGUGAAGCUUCAAAUCAAGAGAAUUGAGAAUACAACGAACAGGCAGGUUACUUUCUCCAAAAGAAGAAAUGGGCUUAUCAAAAAAGCUUACGAACUUUCUGUUCUCUGCGACGUUGAUGUAGCUCUCAUCAUGUUCUCUCCAUCUGGGAGACUCAGUUUCUUUUCUGGAAAAAAAAGUAUUGAGGAAAUUCUAACGCGAUAUGUGACUUUACCUGAGCAUGAAAGAGGCAGGCUACAUAAGCAAGAGUUCCUAGAAAAGGCUCUUGGUAAGUUAAAAGCAGAAGACGAUCGAAAUCAUCAAGCAACCAGCACCCCAGCCGUCACUGAUUCUCAACUGGAGGAGUUUCAACAAGAAAUUUUUAGAUUCAAAUCCCAAGUGGAGGAUAUGGAGAAACAAAUAAGGAUAUUGGAGGGCAAUCUUUCCCAUACCACAACAUUAUCUGAAGCUGAGUACCAAGAACAGAUCCUUGAAGAGGCAUUGAAACGCGUGCAGAUGCGCAAGCGAGUUUUGGAAGAAGAGUACAAUUCUUCAGGUGCGCCGCCAGUUUCACAGGUGCAGCAGCUUCCCCCAAAGUCUGCAUUUGUAAAUGAUUUUAUUGCAGAAGAAAGUCCAAACAAUGUCUUGGAUUGGUUUCGUCAAAGAGAGCCACAAGUUCAGAUCUUGAAUUUUUUGGACUCUAAUGGCCUUCUUCCCUUAAGAAACCAGGUGCAGCACCCAGCUGAUGUUUUCUUACCAUCACCUGCAACUCUUCUUCAUGGACAAAACAUAAAUCUUGAUGAUCACAUAAGCCCAAGAAGUGGUUUGGAGGAAGACAAUACUGUACAAGGUCCUGAGUUUGGACAAGUUAUUGAUGUCAACUUGUCUCCUUGGGCUGAAUUUUACCCUACAGGUAACAGCUCUAUUCCCACUUCACAGCCCAGAGAACGAGCUCUUCUUGAAUUGUAUUUGUCUCGGAUUUGCACACCAUCAACCAUUUGAUCACACUCAAUAAACUUGCUGUUCUUUUUUUUACUACUUUAUAUUUUCAAAAUAAUGUGUGAAUGAUAGCGUAUAGGGAAGGCUAAGGUUAUGGAAAAGUUUAAACUCAUAUAAUAAUUAAUAAUAAUUAUAUUAAAUAUUUACAUUACAUAUUUUUUU